GCUGAAGUUUGGCUGCGCUGCGUCACCAAUCGUUACGGUAGUGUUGUGCGCAAGUCAGUAACCAUGGUGAUCUGAUGACUGCCGUCGGCUGUAAACCAAGCAACGUUCUAAGGAAAACUCUCGCUCGACGACGUUGGGCGGAGCCGCCUCUUUGCUUCCGUCGUAUGGCGUUAAACAGAAGUUUCGUGAUAGCUUGACGUUGCACACCAUAAAAGUGUAUUCAGCAGCAGCAGCAGCAGCAGCUUUUGAAGGCGUUUGACAAUAUUUGUGUAAAAGAUGGAGCCGAUAUUGGAGACCGACAGCGAGGAGCUGUCAGAAAGUGAAGACGACGACGAGGAGGAGGAGGAGGAAGAGGAGGAUGAGCAGGAGGAGAAGAAAGUCAGAGAGUCUCCUCCCAGUGAGUACCUCAGGUCUGCUCCGCUCCUUCCCGACUCGUACAAGCAGAAUUCCCCUGACGAGGUCUGCCUUUUGGCCAUUGCCGACAACUUCCGGCGCCAGUAUCGUCUUUUGUGUCCCGAGCGCAAGCCUCUGUUGCUCUGCCCCAUCAACGAAUGCGGCGUCAAGAAGUUUGUGUCGACCACUCUGCGACCCACCAUGACCAUCCACCCGCAGCUGCUCAACUGGGAAGGAUGUGCCUUGUUUGUGGCCGACUUCCUGUCUCUGACUCCUCUGGAGCCGCCUGUGGAGCUGCCCAGGUUCUUGUUCUCCGCAACAUCAGUGCUGCACAGUCAGACGGCAACGUGUUUCGAGUACGCCUCUGUCCUUUGCAGUCUUCUGCUGGGCGCCAACUACGACGCCUACUGCGUUAGCGGCUACGCUAGCAAGGAGAUGUGCCUACUGGACCAGAGCCUGGACGAGUGCCACCUCAUGGACACCGAGGCCAAGCAGGUCACCAGCGCCAAGGCGAAGGUUGAGAGUGAAACCGGGCUCAAACUUGAGCGGGAGGUGAAGAGCCGCUUCUUGACCAAUCAGGCCAACAAGGAGCGGGAGGAGGCGGAGGCCAAAGCCAAGCCGCAUGAGGAGGUUCUCCAGCCGCCCGUCGACUCACUGAAUGGUCUGCGGGUCCACUGCUGGGUGCUGGUCCUAGCCGGGUGCCGCAGCGUCCAGGAGAACUUCUUUAUCGACCCGCUCACGGGAAAGAGCUACAGCACCGCUUAUGACCACUUCCUGGGGGUGGAGAGUGUGUGGAACAACUUCAACUACUAUGUCAACAUGCAGGACUGCAAGGACGGCUGCGCAGAGCUGGUGUUUGACCUUCACGACAUCCGGCUGUGGGAGCCGGUCUUGUUCGGGGCCACUAGCAAGAGACAACUCUUUCUCAAUGUCCUCAAGAGGAAGGAGAUGAAGAUGAUGGGCAUGACCUGGGAGGAAGAGGAGGAGGAGCAGGAGCUGGUGUAUGAGAUGCCAAGGUCCUGGGUUUCCUACAUCAACAUCACCAAACAAGACUUGGAGACACGCUGGCCAGGAAGCAGGAAGCUGACACGCUACAAGAAAGCCCACCUGGAGACCUUUGCUCCUUACCUGCGACUGGACGGGCUGGUGACCCGACUGACCGUCUUCAAGGACCUGGACUGCACAGAGACGCUGACGGUGAAAGAAUGGUACCUGGACAGAAACGACCACCUGAAGGAGCGAGAAGUCAACAAGGUCUCUGGCAUCACCAUCGAGCGCUUCACGGCAGGACGACAGUUCCACCUGUUAUUCCACAGGUUCACGUCCACGGCAGUAGAGGGCGGCGAGCACGAGAUGGAGUUCAGCGGCGCUCGUGUGGACGGUCUGGUGAGGCGCGUGGACAAGCCGGAGGAAAUGACGGAGACCUUCGAGGGCCGCGAGGACUUUCUCUACUAUCGCCACGUGGUUUUCGAACAACCCGUGGAGACGGAAGACGACGAUGUCGACCCCCAGCCGGAAGAGAGACCCCUGCUGAAAGUGGUGGAGCGCUUCCACAGGAACCCAAAGAAGGACGCCAACGAUGAUGUGGCCGAGCGAGUGUUUCUGUCCUCCCAGAAGAAGGUAGAGGUGACGUACCACCUGGAGGAGAACAGGUUCGUACCGUGCGUGAGGACCUUCGUCAAACCGCGGGAGUCGCACGGCUUCAAGGCCGACUUGGUCUCCGGCUUCCACGUGGACCCGACUAAGAAACCUCUGCACACGCUGGCGCUGUACGACCUCUUCUCUGCGCUCGCCAAGGCCGAGAAGGACGUCGAGCUGCAGAUCAAGAGGUCCAAGAGAGAGGUCGGAGACAUCGUGUCCUGCAGAGAGCAGGAGGAGGCAGACAUUCUUCUUCACUUCUCGCCGUGGACCACCACCGGUGCUGCCAAGGCCCGCAAGCAAAGAGAGGAAAUGGAUCGCGUGGCGGCCGAGGAGCAGAGGUGGUUGCAUGAGAAGGAGAAGGACUACCUGGCCCCCUUCCUCAUUCGACUGGGCAACAUGGAGAACGUGAGCGCAGACGACGCGAGGUGCCUCUACGACGACUGUCUGAGCGACUUCAAGGAGCGCAUGGUCGUGCAGGCCCGACUUAUCCAGGAUCGCCACGACCAGGCCACACAAGCGCUGCAGAAGAAACAACUACACUACCAACACAACCAGAUGAACAUGAGCCACCAGGAGGAGAAAGAGUACCAGGCCUUCUGCGCAGAGCACACCUUCCAAAUACACAUCGCCAACGAACGCCUCAGCAUGCACAAGAAAUCAGUUGCUCAGAGGUACCGUGCACUGGAUCAGAGGCUCAAACAAGACCCACGACUGGCACCUUACCUGCUCAGCUGAACGCUCUCACUCUCUCCAACACAGCAUGUACACUCGGUGUGUCACUGUCAGUCGAAUAAAGUGUGGAAAAAGGCGAGUCCAGCUGAUGUGCCAAGACUACAUCACGUACAACAACACACAGCCACAAGUUCAAGGGUGCAAUGUGCACUGCAGGCCACUAGUUGGCCAUGUCUAUGGCUCACUACAGUGUGAAAAAACGCACAAAUACCACUCUACUCGCACUGGUGGGCUCCGAAUAAGGCUUGCUGCUGCUCUCUGCUCACGUGUGGUCACCUCCUUGCUGAGUUAUGGCACCAUGUCUCCAGAUCAGACCCAAUCUGAGGCCGGGCGUGUUGUCCUGUUCUUCCCUGUCCCUCCCUGUCCCUCCUUGUCCAUUCCUGUCCUUCCCUGUCCAUCCCUGUCCGUCCCUGUCCAUCCC